UGAGAGCUAGGCCUUAGCCCCACAUGCAUGGACAGACAUGUGUGUAUGUGUGUGUGUUUUUGUGUAUGUGUGUGUAUAUUUGUGUGUAUGUGUGAGAAAUAGUGUGCUCAGGGUAGUAGUACAUGCAUGAUGUCUGCAUGUCAAAUAUGUGUGCUCAGCGUGUGUGAGUGUGUUCACGCAUGAACGACGUGUGUGUUUGAACGUUUGUCCCCUGCAUGGAUGCAUGUGUGUGCAUGAGGGCACAGGCGUGUAUCUUUUCCAACUGAGCAGCGUUACCUUGUGUGUCGCUGUUUGUGUGUUUCUGUGUGUGUAUCUGUGUGGCUGUGUGUCUCUGUAUGUGUGGCUGUGUGUGUUUGUAUUUGUGUGUGUGAGUGACAGUUGUGCACAGUCUGUAGGAGAGCUUGUGUGAGCAGAAAGGGGGAGGGUGUUUGCCCUGAGGGUCAUUAAUAAUUCAUGAGGUGGGCUGGGUGAAGGCUGAGGGGGCAGCGGCAGAUGGAGGAUCUGUGACAGAGCAGAACAGGGAGGACAGGGAAAGAGAGAGGAGAGACAGGAAAGAGAGAGAGGAGAGAUCAUCAUCAAUUUUCUAGAUUUAGAAUUAAGCUUCACUGUUUAGUUUUUGCCUUGUCAUUGGAUUCAAAGGACAGUUGGUCCAUUUGGUCCUGGCUAUUAAGACAGACAGAGGCAAGCAGAGAGAAGCCCUGACAUGGGGAUGCACUGUUUGCCGAGGGAGACACGUUUUCACCAGAGAGAUCUGCUCUAGUGAGUGAAAGCAGGAUACCAUCCAGACAUUUGUCCCAAACGUGGCCCACUGCAGAGCCAACCAGCCAAUCAGGUGCAGUAACAGGAGAGGCCAGCCAAUCGGAGGGGAGAGAUGUUGGCGCCGGGUGGGAUAUCUGCCCUGACGGUGAUGUCACUACUGCUGCUGGUCUGGCAGGACGUGUCCUCCAUUGAGGUUCCCCUCGAUCCCAAGAUCCAGCAAGACUUGAAGCAGCCCCCCACCAUUGUGAAACAGUCACAGAAGGACUACAUUGUGGACCCCAGAGAUAACAUCAUUAUUGAGUGCGAAGCCAAGGGCAACCCCGUACCAAUGUUCUCCUGGAGACGGAAUGGGAAGUUUUUCAACGUAAUGAAGGAUCCGCGGGUGAGUAUGCGGAAGCGCUCUGGGACGCUGGAGAUCGGCUUCCGGAGCGGCGGCCGACCGGAGGACUACGAGGGCGAGUACCAGUGCUUUGCCUCCAAUGAGCUUGGCAAUGCGCUGUCUAAUAAGAUCCUACUACGCGUGUCCAAGUCUCCCUUGUGGCCUAAGGAGGUUCUGGACCCCGUGGUGGUCUCUGAGGGCUCUCCCUUGGUCCUGGCCUGCAACCCCCCUCCAGGACUGCCCCCGCCACUCACAUUCUGGAUGAACAGCUCCAUGAUGCCUAUAUCCCAGGAUCGUCGUGUGUCCAUGGGUCUGAACGGGGACCUGUAUUUCUCCAAUGUGCUGGCUAAAGACGGACACACAGACUACAGCUGCAACGCUCGCUUCCUCUUCACACACACCAUCCAGCAGAAAAAUCCCUUCACACUCAAAGUACAAACCAGUCGCAGGGUUCCAGAGUCCAGGCCUAAGUUCCUCUCCCCCUCAGAAACAGCCUCGGGAAAAGACAGCUCCAAGAUGGUUUUGCGUGGAGAGAAGUUGCUCAUAGAGUGUAUCGCAGCGGGCGUGCCGACCCCCAGCAUCAAGUGGCUGAAGAAGGGGGGGGAGCUGUCAGCCGAGAGGGUCCAUCUGGACAGCUUCAACAAGACCCUGCGCAUCACCAGCGUAUCAGAGGAGGACGCCGGAGAGUACGUCUGCAUGGCCAGCAACCUGAUAGGAAGCAUCAGCCACUCCAUCCACGUCCAGGUCAAAGCUGCUCCCUAUUGGCUGGACAAGCCGACCAAUCUGGUGCUGUCCCCAGAUGAGAACGGGCGACUGGUGUGUCGGGCCAAUGGAAACCCUAAACCACACAUCCAAUGGCUGGUCAAUGGAGGACCCAUAGAUAGCUCCCUGCCCAACCCUAGUAGGGAGGUGAUGGGGGACACCAUCCUGUUCCGCUCAGUGCAGAUUGGAAGUAGUGCUGUGUACCAGUGCAACGCCUCAAACCACCUGGGCUACCUGCUGGAGAAUGCUUUUGUCAACAUCCUGAACAUAGCUCCCAGGAUGCUGGGUCCUAAGAACCAACUGAUCAAGGUCAUUGAGGCCAAGCACAUCUUCCUUGACUGCCCCUUCUUUGGCUCCCCUCAGCCUCAGUUGCGCUGGUUUAAGAACGGGCAAGGCAGUGGUCUGGAUGGAGGGCACUACAGAGUGUAUGUGAACGGCUCUCUGGAGAUCAAGCACGUGCGUCCAGAGGACCAGGGCACCUACACCUGUGUGGUGAGCAACUUCCUGGGAAAGGAGGAGAACCAGGUCCGCCUCGAGGUCAAAGACCCCACCCGUAUUGUGCGGGCUCCAGAGCGCCAGCAGGUGGUCCGGGGCUCCCAGGUGCGCCUCGACUGCAAGGUUAGCUCUGACCCCUCCCUCCGGGCCACGGUCACGUGGCUGAAGGACAACAAGCCUCUCACACUGGACUGGAGGGUUAAGAGGGAAGAAGAAUAUCUGUCCAUCCUAGAUGUCCAGAACAGUGAUGAGGGGACAUACACCUGCUCCGUUAAAACAGACUUAGACCAGGAUUCUUCCUCAGCUCGGCUUAUUGUGUUAGAGGAUGAGUCGCUGUCUCCCACAUAUAGUGCCUUGCCUGCAGGUUGUCCUGACCCCCCCAAGGACCUAGAGCUGUCUGACCUGGCUGCAAGCAGUGUGCGCCUCACCUGGAUACCUGGGGAGGACAACAAUAGCCCCAUCACAGAGUACUUGGUUCAGUUCGAGGAGGACCGCUGGGAACCCGGGCGGUGGCAGAACUUGUCCGUCUAUGAGGGCAAACUAAACUCUGUCACCCUACAGCUGUCUCCCUACCUCAACUACCAGUUCAGGGUCUUGGCCAUCAACGCUGUGGGCCCCAGCACGCCCAGUCUGCCCUCGUUCCGCUACUUGACCAGCGGAGCCUCCCCUGAUGUCAUACCGGCAGGUCUAAGAGGUUGGGGCACCAUGAACAAUAAUAUGGAGAUUAGCUGGGAGCCCCUUCUGGACACGGAGCGCAACGGCCCCAACCUGCGCUACUUGGUAUGGUGGAGGCGGAAGGAUAUGGGUGAGGAGUGGAGCAAUGUGACCACAGUGGAGCCAAAGCACCUGGUGUCUGACACGCAGACCUACGUUCCCUAUGAGAUCAAACUGCAGGCCGUCAACGACCUCGGAAAAGGUCCCCAGUCCAACAUCAUCAUAGGAUACUCUGGGGAGGACAAGCCCACGGCGGCCCCUACAGACCUGCGUUUGUCGAAUGUGGACAGCACCAAGGUGACCCUGCACUGGAUACCGGUCGACCCUAGCACCAUACUGGGGGAGUUCAAGGAGUACCGGGUGUACUUCUGGCGUGAGGCCAGCCUGCUUCCAGGUCUGCGGGUGAGUCAGGAGCGGAGCGUUCGAGGGUUCUACACUAUGGCGGCUCAGCCCUCGGGCAUCCUGAGCGACCUGAUGCCCUACUCCCUCUACAGCAUGUUCAUGGUGGUGGCCAACCGAGGCCACGAGGGUCCGGUCAGCAACACCGUCCAGUUCCGCACCAAGGAGGGAGUCCCGGAGGCUCCCAGGUUCUUCAAGAUCAUCCAGAGGAGCUCCAACACCAUUCGGCUGAACUGGGACCAGCCUCUGGAGCCCAACGGCAUUCUGAUUGGCUACAGACUGAAGUACCAUACAGUGAACGGAUCGAAGGCUGGCCGCAUGCACUUGGAGAGUUUUCUCCCCAAUGUGACAUCGUUCACGCUGCACUUGCCUGACCGCGGCACGCGCUACAAGUUCUUCCUAGCGGCGGUGACCCAGGAGGGAGCUGGAGAGGUCUACGCUGAGGAGUCGCCACACUUCUCCAACGAAGACACCAGUUCCCUUCUUGACUACACAGUGGAGCCUACGGAUGCCUACGUGUCUCCGACUGCCUCUCCCUCUCCUCCUCCUGCUGCCUCCACCAUCCCUCCCUCUCCUCCUCCUCUUCCUGCUGUCUCAGCCAUUGCGCCCACAACUCUUACUAGCUCCGUGUUGGUGGAGCCUACGGAUGCCUACGUGUCUCCAACUGCCUCUCCUCCUCCUCCUCCUCCUGCCUCCACCAUCCCUCCCUCUCCUCCUCGUCUUCCUGCUGUCACUGCCAUCGCGCCCACAACUCUUACUAGCUCCGUGUUGGUGGCCCCAGGAAUGGGGAUCUGGAAUCUGACGGUGGAGCCUAACAGUAACUACGCUAACGUCAGCUGGAGACACGACUUCCCCGCCGACAGCAGCGAGUUUGUGCUAGAGUUCAUACUGGAGAGCAACGAGACAGUGAAAAGCAUACGUGUGAAACAGCAGUCCCACGUUAAGCUGGCAGGGUUGAUAGAAGGGGCCAAGUACCGUCUGCGAGUGUACUCCCACGCGCACCACAGCAUCAGCAGCAAACACAUCACCUUCGAGACCAGCGCAGCCUACAGUAAGGACCAGGUGGACAUAGCUACCCAGGGCUGGUUCAUAGGCCUGAUGUGUGCCAUUGCCCUCAUCAUCCUCAUCCUCCUCAUUGUGUGCUUCAUUAAGAGGAGUCGUGGGGGCAAAUAUCCAGUGCGAGACAAGAAGGACCUGGCUCUGGACCAGGUGGAUCAAAAGGAACACGACGGGUCAUUUGACUACCACAGUGACGAGGACAACAAGCCUCUGCAGGGCAGCCAGACUUCCCUGGAUGGGAACGUGAAGGAGAGCGACGACAGCCUGGGUGACUACGGCGAGGGUGGAGACGGCCAGUUCAAUGAAGAUGGCUCCUUCAUCGGCCAGUACACCGUGAAGAAGGACAAGGAGGAGACAGAAGGCAACGAGAGCUCUGAGGCCACAUCCCCGGUCAAUGCCAUCUACUCGCUAGCAUAGCGUCGCACCACCACCCUCCUCCACAAUCCUGUGGUAAGGCCCCAACCCUAGGGACAAGAAAGGCUCUCUAGAGGAUCAAACCACACACACACAGACAUAUAUUCACACAUUUAUUUAAUGCAUACACACAUUAAACACACACAAACACCUUUGGACUGCCACAGUUGGGGAAGACACCAUUUCUCAAAUCCGGGGAAUGGAACAGAAUGGAAGUUAUCAGAUGGCAAAAGCCAAAGCCUUGUCUUUCUUCUUUUGUUUGGGCUCAGAGGUGAAGCUUUGAAAUCAUGAACUGUGCCAGUUUUCCGACCUUCCUCUCCUCUCACCACACAGACUUGCGUGUGCCUACUGGGAAGCUUACCGAUUUAAAAGAUGGAGACAACCGUCUUAGAGAUUUCUUUUCAGUAUUCUUUGUUCUGAACAUCCUUGGCUUCCUCUGGCCCCCACUGUACUUACCUAGUCCACCUCCCCAGUAAUACACUUCUGUGUCUGUAGCCACAUCCCAGAAAAUGACGACACAGACACCCACCCGUCCCCGUCCUGUAACAUAUCAGCUUUGAACCACCAACUAAACAGGAUGUUGGCAGAUAUGUUUAUCAUAUUGAUAUUUCCGCAAUGAGAGAUCGAUUUUUCACAGCUGGUAGAUGAGUCAUUAAAUAUGUAUGCUGUCAACAUAAACUGGCACACCUUUUAGUGCGCUGCAAAACUAUGCACUACCACCUUCCUGUUUGUUAAUUUUUUGGUUAGUAAAACACAUUUGGAUGCUGACUCCUACAGGCAAAGAAAAAACUACUGCUUAAUGAACUGCUAUCAGUCCCUUGCCUUUCUGGUGUGGUAGAAUAUUCACCUCAAAUCUCACAGCGUGUACAGUACAGAUAUUCUAAAUGGCCUUUGCUACAGUAAAGCCAUUCCUGCCACUAGCUUUUUUAUAGUACCAACAUGUACUGUGUCAGUUAUAAAUGGCAUCUAAAAGAUAAAGAUUUGACAGCAUGGUAGAAUUGUAGUGCAAAAGACAGAAGGGAGGUAGAUAAGGGCAGUUUUGCUUGAGAAACUAAAAGAUCACAGCCCAUCUGUGUAGAGUAGCUCUAUCUGUCCAUCUCUUUGGUCUCUGUCUGUUGAGCCUCCUUCCUGGUUAGCAUGGCUGCUAUCCUGUUAGCUUGAUUGGCACCUCUUUUGUUUGCUAGAUGUGUACAUGAUCAUGUGAUCAUUGUGGUAAUGGCAGAAAAAAUGCUGGUCAAGAGUCCUUGAAGGCAUCAUCUGGUAGCAUGGAAUCAUGGUUGGCAAUCAGGAACUUUGACACAAAAAGCCCAUUAAUAAGAAACACUUCUGUUGAUCAGUUUUUGUCCAGAUAUUUUACCAAAAAAAAAGGAAAAGAAAAUAAGAAAGACAAUUUGUUCAGCUUCUGUGUGGUCUGUCCAUCUUUUCCAUUAAUAGAGUUUGUCAAGAAAAUCUAAAGUAGUUCCACCAAUUAACCUAUAACUCGAGAAUUAGGUUGCUUUUUUAAAUUGGUUUUUCUGAUGCAAAGGUCUUUGUAUUUCGCCUCUAACUCAGUAAAAAUCCUGUAUUCACCUGCACUAUUUAAUUCAAAAUCAAAUAAAUCGUAACAAUUGAUGAUUAGCGUGCGGAGAUCCAAUUGAGUUGCUUAUAUUUAAUUUAUAUUUGUAUGUAUUACGUUAUGUGGAUUGUAUUCCUAAAUUAGUUAUUGUUUUAUUACUCAUUGUGCACACACGACAGACUGGUUUGGUUACAUCAGACCACAUCAGUACUAACCUUGAAAGCCUCAAUUGAUCUUACCUUAGCCUGUUAGAUGAAACGAUGUAUUGAAGACACAUACAACACAUCUUUGUGUGUAUUGGCCUUUCUGCUGUAAACUAACAAAUUGACUGUCACCAUUAAUUAAAGAGGUCAUGUUUAUCUGUUUGUUGUGCUACUCUUCUCGUGUUCAUGUUGUAUUACUGGUUUUCCAUUUUGGUAUUAGAUUUUAUUAUAACAUGGCAAAUACAUUUAAUAUAUCUUUUUAUUUAUCAAACACGUAUAUGUUGCAUCUCUGUAAAUAUUUAUUCAAAUUUUCUGCAAAAAAAAUGAAAAUGAACUACAAUCUGUAUCCACGAAGCGGACGUGACAGGCGCAGAUGGAACGCACCAAGCACAUCUGUAAUUUUGUCAGUUAGCUUUGAGUAAAAUGUGCACCCUUGAAUCGUUCCAUGUUACCCCUUGCUUUGACAUUGUGUCCUUUUGUUUGUGACACAUCACUGAUCACACUAUGGAUUGGAAUAUAUGUUGUGGAAGAGGUAUACCUAAAUAAAUAGAUUCUCUACAAUGUAAAUAAUACAUAAGUGCUCCUAAACUGUUGUACCAUUCUGCACACAACUGCUUUAAGCAUCAGAACAAAAUUGCAUACCUUUUAAUCAAGUAGCUAAUUGUCUCCCGGUGCAGUUCUUUAAAGUGGUUCCAUCUCAAGACUUCCUCUUAAGGCUGCACAGGCUCAGGCACCCUUCAUGCCUUUCACCUAACAUGCCUGCUGGUCCACUUCUGGCACUGUGACUGGUGGCCAUUUAGAAAAAGAUUCGCUUGGCCUGUGAUUUUCCUCCCUUGCAGAUCUCAUGUGCUGCCUUCAAUCACAUGUAAACAUUGUCACCAACCUCAUUGUUAAAUUCCUCAAUUUCACCUUAACCUCAAAGCAAUAUCCUCCGAUUUUACUGAGUUCUGUGUUUUAUCUGAUGUUUAGUGUUAACCAACCGUGACCUCGAGGUAGUAAUGCGCCAAGCAGACUAACACACAGACACAGGGGCUGGGAAGGCUUGGCAGAGCCACAGCUCAGUGCCCCUCUAGCAAGGUUGUGUUCCAACUAGUAGAAGAGUUAGCAGGGAAAGAGCUGUUUUUACAACAUGGUAUAAACAAGAUGUUUGGAUUGAUCUGAAUUGUAGCCAUGACAAACUGAACUGGUGUGGAACCCCACUCCUUACUUUCCCUGAUGGCCUUUUACUUUCCUACCUGAGAUCCCUGUGGGGAUAGUCUCUCUUACUUGUUGCAUACAAGCAUAUUUUCUGAAACUAUGCUUUUAAAAAUUUGAGGUGCAUUAUGAGUCCUUCUAUUGUGUUUGCACUGUGUAGACACUGCUCAAGCCUCCUUUAGCUAAGUAUUUGGGGACUCCCCAACUCACCAUUGGGACACACACAAUAUAACAGGCUGUGCAGUUCACUACUUUCUGUUCAACUGGUUUCAUGUACAUGCUGAAAGAAAGGCAUAGCCUACCAUACGAUAAAUGUGCAAAUCGCAAAUUACAUACAUUUGAGCCUGGUUAUUGUUGCACAUUUCUUCCUAUUUGAAUAUUUUUUUCAAUUUGUAUUUGAUCUUCAUUCUUUUUGAACAAUUUUUGUGUAUGAAAAGCAGCUGGUCAGUCUUACUUCUACACGCAAAAUAACAGCUUUUGUAAGCUACAUAUAAUGAAAAUUUAAAAAUGCAUAAUAUAUUCACAGUGUAUGAUGAGAUGUUGCAACUUCUGCUAGAGACGCCUUCUUUAUAGUAAAGCUAUCUCUUUUUCUCUACUUACUGGCUUCAUGUCUUUCUUUGUCAAUGUUUGU